AAAGGAACCGCAACCAAAUCUCCCCGACUCGUCAUCACCGGCCUUUUGUAACCUCCGACUAUUCUCACCACUAGCUUGUGUCGUCCAUUCGAUCGCUGAAUAUACCUCUUGGAUGAGGUAGCACUUUGCUGUUCUCGACAACUGUAUCAGCAGAACCCCAAGCAAAGGGGUUCGGACGCGAACGACACGUCCAUUCGCCUACCUUCUAAACUAACCAGGUAGCGACCUGAACAAUUCGUCAGUCAAUUUGCGAGUUUAGUCUACGAUAUCGGGAUUUUCAUGAAUAUGGACGUCAUUCCAUCAACUACACCGGAGGAAGCCGUGCGCACGUCCGCGAAGAGGACUGCUGAGCUUUUCGGCACGGACUAUCUUAUGGUCACACCCUCGACUGGAGAUGGAUCGAUUGGUCUUUCCUACAGACGUAAAGCGGAAUAUGAAGAUGUGAAGGAACUCCCGCCAGUGUUAGCAGAGAAGCAAGUCAAGGCAGUGGCUGGGCGCUCAAAGCGUCCCAAAAUUCAGAAUCAGGCGAAAGCGUCGUCCGCGGAUGGCAGCGGUGCCUCAAUGGCCCUGGUGAAGAAGGCGGCCGGCCCAGCUGGUGGUGGUGUUGGCGGUGAGGACCAGCCCAAGAGUCUGAUUCAACGACCUUCCGCGACGCGACAGCAGAGACCCGACUGGCAUGCGCCAUGGAAGCUGAUGAGAGUGAUCUCGGGACAUUUGGGAUGGGUGCGAAGUCUGGCGGUGGAGCCGAACAACGAGUGGUUUGCUAGUGGUGCUGGUGAUCGGACGAUUAAAAUUUGGAAUUUGGCGACGGGUGCUCUGCGCCUGACCCUUACGGGCCAUAUCUCUACUGUUCGUGGACUAGCUGUGUCCCCUCGGCAUCCAUAUCUUUUCUCGUGCGGAGAGGACAAGAUGGUCAAAUGUUGGGAUCUGGAAACUAAUAAGGUUAUUCGACACUAUCAUGGUCAUCUCAGUGGUGUGUAUACCCUUGCUCUACACCCUCGCCUCGACCUGCUGGUGACUGGUGGCCGUGAUGGUGUCGCUCGAGUCUGGGAUAUGCGGACGAGAAGUAAUGUCCACGUUUUGGCCGGCCACAAAGGAACUGUUGCCGACGUUAAAUGCCAGGAAGCUGACCCACAAGUUAUUACUGGUUCACUGGACGCCACCGUUCGUCUCUGGGAUCUUGCGGCUGGAAAGACAAUGGGCGUCUUGACCCACCACAAGAAAGGUGUCCGAAGUCUUGCCGUCCAUCCUCGGGAGUUCACAUUCGCUAGUGCCAGCACCGGAAGCAUUAAGCAAUGGAAGUGCCCAGAGGGUGACUUUAUGCAGAACUUCGAAGGCCACAAUGCCGUCAUCAAUUCCCUUGCCGUCAAUGAAGACAAUGUUAUGUUCUCCGGUGGCGAUAACGGCUCCAUGUCCUUCUGGGACUGGAAGACCGGAUACCGCUUCCAGUCGAUCGAUACCAUGGCCCAGCCCGGUUCCCUCGAGGCCGAGGCAGGUAUCAUGGCCUCUACUUUCGACCGGACUGGCUUGCGUCUGAUCACUGGUGAGGCAGAUAAGACUAUCAAAAUCUGGAAGCCCGAUGAUGAGGCUACACCUGAGUCACACCCCGUAACUUGGGCUCCCACUCUUGGCAGACAAAGAUAUUAGGUUGUUGUUAUUGUUAGACGUCUGUCAUCUUUAUACCCUUCAUUGGUCUGGGUCUGAAUACAAGAAUCGGGCAUGUUCACUUCACGCACUUAUGGAGUUUAGCGUUCGAGACGUACUGUUUGUUUAUGACUACAAAUACUGGGAUUUGUUAUGGAUUAUAAAAGGAUUUUUCUCUUGUUGUAUCAUAAUAAGCUUAAAC